AAGAAAAAGUGAGGUUCGUUUUGUUGACACGGUUGAGAUGGAAGUCACUGCUGAAGAGGUCUAUGCUGUUGAUCCUAAGACGAUCUUCCAGGCGAUCUUCGUUUUCUUCUGGGUGGUGUACCUAUGGGAAUCGUACUUAUCGUUCAGACAGAGGCAAGUGUAUCGAAACACCAAGCAGGUUCCAGCCCCGUUGCGUGACACCCUCGACCAUGAGACAUUUGAGAAGGCUCGUGUCUACCAGCUUGACAAGAGCUCCUUUGGCUUCUGGCAUGGAGUCUUUUCACAAUUGGAAUCUUCUGCCAUUCUGCUUUUUGGGGGUAUUCCAUACAUGUGGGGAGUAGCUGGAAAUGUUCUUGGAUACUUCAGCUAUGGCCCAGAAUAUCAAAUCGUCCAGUCUUUAGCGUUCUUGCUGCUUACCUCUGUGUAUGGUACUUUUGUCGGUCUCCCAUGGACGUUGUACAGCACCUUUGUCCUGGAGGAGAAACAUGGUUUCAACAAACAGACAGUAGGAUUCUUUGUCAAGGACCAGAUUAAGAUGUUCCUGGUAUCCCAAGCCCUGAUGGCCCCAAUCACAGCUGGCCUUCUCUACAUCAUCCAGAUGGGUGGACAGUAUUUCUUCAUCUAUGCCUGGGCUUUCGCUUUUGCUGUGUCCUUGAUAAUGAUCACAAUAUAUGCGGACUACAUCGCUCCCCUGUUUGAUAAGUUCACCCCCCUUCCCGAGGGAGAGCUGAGGACCAAGAUAGAGGAGCUGGCACAGAGUAUAUCGUUUCCGCUCUACAAGCUCUAUGUUGUAGAAGGUUCCAAGAGGUCGUCACAUAGCAAUGCCUACUUCUAUGGCUUCUUCAAGAGUAAGCGCAUCGUACUGUUUGACACUCUACUGGAGGACUACACCCCUGUGAACAAGGAGGAGGACAAAGCUAAAGAGGCAGAGGCCAGCCUGACUUCUGAGGAACCAGACCAACCCAAGGAGAGUCAGAAGCCAGAGGAGGAGGUAAAGAAGCCGGAUGAGGCUGGCGAGCCAGCCAAGGAUGAGAAGAAGAAGAAGACGGGUUGUAACAACAAGGAAGUCUUGGCUGUCUUGGCGCAUGAACUCGGCCACUGGAAGCUGAGUCAUAAUCUCAAGAACCUUGUCAUAAGUCAGGUGAAUCUGUUCCUGUGCUUGUUUCUCUUUGGUCUGCUGAUUGAGAAGAAAGAACUAUUUGAGGCGUUUGGAUUUUACGCCAGCCAGCCCACCCUCAUUGGUCUUGUCAUCAUCUUUCAGUUUGUGUUCUCACCGUACAACGAGGUGCUAUCAUUCUGCAUGACCGUUCUGUGUAGACGUUUCGAGUUCCAGGCCGAUGCGUUUGCCAAAUCGCUGCGCCGCGCCACGGAACUUCGCUCUGCGCUUAUCAAGCUCCACAAGGACAACCUCGGCUUCCCGGAAGCCGAUUGGUUGUACUCCACCUGGCACUACUCUCACCCUCCGCUAUUGGAAAGACUGGGAGCUCUGGAAAAGACAGAAUGAGAACAACAUUCGGGAUAACGUCAAAUACCCUCUCCCCUAACUACCUGGCUAAGUCGAACCACGAACCAUUCUGCCAUUAGGCCAGAUUUCCUGAAGGGUUAGGAUUAACCUUAUGUUUAGUCAACUAACGGAGCAGUAUUUUGUUUAAAGCUAGAGGUGUACAUUUGGAAAUUCUGUCACAAGUUACUGACCAUAAAAUCUUAAUAUUAGUAAAAACCACUGGAGAGCUGUUGAAGUUAUGAAACAUCGUUAGUGGUUGUUUCCAUGCGAUCAUUUCAACGCUAUCAUCUUAAAAAUGUGAGCAUCAGUUUCAUUAAAAGACAAAUGACAAUUCUGCUAUAAUAAAACAAAAAUGAAUAGAUUUUUAGCUGUUGUAAACUGCUUACCGAGCAAAAUAAGCUGUGGUAUAAAUAUUUAAAUAGUUAAGUGCCUGUUGUUUCGUCCCUAGCAGAGUCUAUCUCAGCUAUGAAAUGAUUUCAUUAUAACGACUCGCUGAUUAUAAAGUUUGACAACCAUUCAAUGAAAUAUUUCCAUCAGAAACACUGUCAAAGUUAAGAAGUUGAGGCCUAAGUUUCUUAUUUCAAUAGCCGACCGUGGUCAAAAUAAGCUUGAUAUAAAUGGCCACAAAAUCUGUAACAUAAACCAUGUUUUGUUCUUUCACUAAAAAAUGUCCUAUGUUGGUUAUGAAAUGGUUGUUGUAUGAGUUUCACAGUUUUUCAAAAUUCCUUGUGUUGGUGCGAAAUGGUCAUAGCAAUAUUGUUUUUGUAAAACCUGCAUUUUAGAAAGGCCAUAUUUCUCUUAAAAUAACCUGGAUGUACGCACCAAGUCAAAAGAUGCCGAGAUAAGGCAUUAUAACACGCAUCAGUUUCUACACGAGAUAUAAAUUGGUUGCAGAAUUGAGUUGUACGACCUUGCUGCGCUGACACAUUUUAACAUUUUAACAUUCCUGUUCUCAUUUUGUAUCGUAAGGUUUCAAUAAACGCAAUGAAGCUAAACAAUGUA